AUUGUGGGUCGUCCCAGGCAUCAGGGCGUCAUGGUAGGCAUGGGACAGAAGGACUCCUACGUUGGAGACGAAGCCCAAAGCAAGAGAGGAAUUCUGACUUUGAAAUACCCAAUUGAGCACGGAAUCGUCACAUGUACGUGGCCAUCCAGGCUGUGCUUUCUUUGUACGCAUCUGGUCGUACCACUGGUAUCGUCCUCGACUCUGGAGAUGGUGUGUCUCACACUGUACCCAUCUAUGAAGGCUACGCUCUCCCCCACGCCAUUCUUCGUUUGGACUUGGCUGGUCGUGAUUUAACAGACUAUUUAAUGAAAAUUUUAACCGAACGUGGAUAUUCUUUCACCACCACUGCCGAAAGGGAAAUCGUCCGAGACAUCAAAGAGAAGCUCUGCUACGUGGCUCUGGACUUUGAACAGGAGAUGGCAACUGCUGCUAGUUCUAGCUCUUUGGAGAAGAGCUACGAGCUUCCUGACGGUCAAGUCAUCACUAUUGGAAACGAAAGAUUCCGCUGUCCGGAAGCCUUAUUUCAGCCUUCCUUCUUGGGCAUGGAAGCUGCCGGUAUUCACGAAACCACCUACAAUUCUAUAAUGAAGUGCGAUGUCGACAUCAGGAAAGACUUGUACGCCAACACUGUUUUGUCGGGAGGUACCACCAUGUACCCUGGAAUCGCCGAUCGUAUGCAGAAGGAAAUUACCGCUUUGGCCCCAUCAACCAUGAAAAUCAAAAUUAUCGCUCCCCCCGAGAGGAAAUACUCUGUCUGGAUCGGAGGUUCCAUCCUUGCGUCUCUGUCCACCUUCCAACAGAUGUGGAUUUCCAAGCAAGAGUACGACGAGUCUGGCCCUUCCAUCGUCCACAGGAAGUGUUUCUAAUUUUGUUAAGGCUUGUAAUAUUUAUUUUUGUAUCGCCUGCAUUCCAUUAUUCCAUGCAUUCGUUUUUCUUUGAAGUCUUUUGUAUUGUAUCUGCGAUAUGAAGUCGCUGUGCGACCAGAACUGCCAUUUUAUGGACGAAAGACCGUACGCGCACUAGGCCAAAGUAUUUCUAUACUAUCAUUGUUUUUUGUAAGUUAUCACAUGUUGUGCAGAAUGAGACUUUAUUUUACUGAUAAAUAUAAUUAUAUUGUAAGCUAAUGUUUACGGAAAAUAUUUAAUAAAUUGUAAAUUUUC